GAGAAUUUUUUCGAAAUCAACAUGGCAUCCUCGUUAAUUUGCAGCGAAACUCAGAGCAGGGUGAGCUCGGUGCUCAACAGAGACGUGAAGCAGUACGGGAAGAAGCACAUGUUCGACUGCAACGAGGAGACGUGCUGGAACUCAGACCAGGGUGAAUGUCAGUGGGUGUCUCUGGAGUUCCCCCAACCGGUCAAGGUGUCCGAGUUAAAGCUCCUGUUCCAGGGAGGCUUCUCUGCAAAAACAUGCAGACUGCACGGUUGCCCCAAAGAUGGGGCCUUGAGAGAGAUCAGCCAUUUUUAUCCAGAGGACGACAACUCUCUUCAGAUAUCCUUCUGUCUUGCUGUGCAGCAUUUUUACAGAAAAGCAUUGAUGGAAAUUUUGUUCUCAAAAUAGGAGAGAAAUAUUGUCUUUUCUAUGUUAUAUAACACAUUAUUUACUAGUAAUCAAUGUAGCUAUAUUUAAAAGGUACAGUGUGUAGGAUUUAGGGUGAUCUGUUAACAGAAAUAUAAUAUUCAUAACUGUUUAAUCACCUGAAACUAAGAAUUACGGUGUUUUUUGUUUGCUUACAAUGAUUUCUGGCUCUCCGGAAGAUCUUUCACGUUUUGUUCUGUCACCUGCAGGCCACCAUAGUUUUCUGACAUGGUGGGAAAUGGAUGUCUGAGGUGUGUUGCAGUGGUUGCAAUCUGCAACCCCACCACUAGACGGCACUAGAUCCUCCACAUUGCUCUUCUAAACUCUUCAAUUAAAUGUGUUGAUCAUCAUUUACAACCACUGAUCAUAUGGACUAACACUAAUCUCAAGACUGAGCCAAACCAAUUGGUUAAACCAGAUAUUUGCCAUAAAAAUAAAUGCACUUCUGCUUUAUGACAUUAAAAGUCACCAGGGUUAUCACGGCAGCUCUGGCUGUACCCGUCACUCUCGAGCCGCAGGGCGUUUCCUGUUGCCGCACUCGAUGGUUCAUAAUAAGCACCGGACAAUAUAUUUCCCUUGCUUGUUUUUUCACUGUCUCCACGCUUAUCUCGUUCUUAACUCCACUCCCACAGCUUUCCCAUACAGGAGGCGCCCGCAGUGGACAGAGUAAAAAUAAAGUUUGAGAACAGUGCAGACUUCUUUGGGAGAAUCAUUGUUUAUUCCUUGGACGUCCUGGGAGAAAAAAGCUCAUGACCAUUUUUUUUCUGGUUAUUCCUCUCGUGAGAGAGAGGAAGUGACUCCUGAGUGAAAUACAGGACGAACGGCGGUGUGGUGGCAUAGGGGGGGGGGGGGGGCGCCACCACCACCACCACCACCACCACCCACCUCCACGGACUGAUGUGAACGAGGCCUUUUUUGGUAUGGACGCUCUCGGGGAAGUCUCUCCUCCAACGCAGAUGUAAUGAGCUUCUUGUGAUAAUAAGAGCUCAUGGAUUCACGCUCCCCGUACUUAUAUUGCUUUUUGAGUUGAAGCGCAUUAUCAGUGGAACACGAAGAAACAAAAAUACAGUUUUUUUUUAAAAUUCAAACUUGUUCCCUGUCCUUUUUUGUUGUUGUCCUCCAACCAAACACAAAGUGCAUUGUAGUCCUUGUUAGUACAUUUCAAAACAUACAAGAGAAAACAUGCAAAAGGAAUAAACAGCACAGAUCUAU